AUGUCCACUCUCUCUUCCACCUUAUCCUUAGCGACUACUCUACUCUCUCCUAGUCCUGAGCCAUUGCCUGUGGACCAUCACUCGCCGCUGCUCAAGCCCAAAUCGGGCGCGCCGCUCUUUGACGACCCAUCGCUCAUUCCGGCCAAGUAUCGGGGAAAGCACUCGCCGAGUCCGCAUCUCGUCCGGUCUCCCCCGUCAACGCUGCUUGACGCGCCAACGCGCGCAGCGAUGAAUAUGCCAAAUGCGCAUACGGCCUCGGGGCAGGCUCGGGCGAUGAGGGGAUACCCAAACGGCGGUACUGGAGGGGAUAUGAGCGGGUCAAGAGGGGAUAUGAGCGAGUUUGACCCGCUCAUUCCCGCCCAUUCGUCCCGUCCGGAAUCCACGCCCCUACUCUCGCCUUCACCCAAGCGCGCGGCGACCUCCCGACCCUCCUCGGCUGGCUCAAACGGUAGUAUCCUUCGGCGCAUAAUCGACCGCGCCUCUACCCCCUCCCAACAGUCUACUCGACCCACCUUCCCUCCACCCUCACUCUCGACCUACUCUCCUCUCCCCUUCGCUCCACUCUCGCUUCGAGCGAAACUCGGCCUGCUCUUUUCGCAGACGGUCUCGGUCCUGCUCUCGACGGUAUUCCUGGCGGGGGUGGUAGGAUGGGCGUUGACGAUUGAGAUCAAGCAAAAGUUGCCGCAGUGGAUAUGGCCGACCAAGGGGCGGACGUUCCCAUGGGAUGAUGAUCGGUAUUGGCGGAAAGAGGGGAAGAAGGUCAGCAAGGAUCCGAGGGAUUAUGCGAGGCAGGUGGGGAUGGAGAUUGAGGAGCAGGUCGUGGAGACGGAGGAUGGGUACUAUCUCAAAAUGCACAAGGUCAUCGACCCAACCCACAAACCCUCUCCCUCCGGUAAACCCGGAUUCCCCGUUUUGAUCCUACACGGCCUCUUCCAGUCCUCCGGCUCUUUUGUUACGUCCGAAGAGCGCAGUUUGGCGUUCUGGCUCGCGAGGCAAGGAGGGUAUAGCGUUUAUCUCGGGAAUAAUCGAGGGGUGUUCGAUAUGGGGCACCGAAGCUUUAAGCGGAAUGACCCGAGAUUCUGGGACUGGACUAUCCGCGAGCUCGCGAUGUAUGAUCUGCCCGCGUUGGUCGAGCAUGUUUGCCGAGAGACCGGGUACGACAAGAUCGCCUUCAUCGGCCACUCCCAAGGCAACGGUCUCGCCUUCAUCUCCCUCUCCCUCGGCAUGUGUCCCAAUCUCGGCAAGAAGCUCUCCGUCUUUAUCGCGCUCGCCCCGGCGGUGUAUGCUGGCCCGCUCACCACCGGCUUCCCAUUUACGGCGUUGAACCGUUUGGAAUGGAGUACGUGGAAGAGGCUGUUUGGGGUAUUGGACUUUAUUCCGCUCAUGCGGUGGAGUUAUGAUUAUGCGCCUGCGAAGCUCUUCGCCAUGCUCGGCUACACAAUGUUCGCCUUCCUCUUCUCCUGGACCGACACAAACUGGCUCGCCCGGCGCAAAACCAAAAUGUUCCGAUUCACCCCUACCCCCGUCUCCUCGGCGUCCAUCUUUUGGUGGUGCGGAAAGGGCGGAUUCGCCGAUCGCAAGUGUACGCUGGACGAUACGCUUGAUCGGUGGUUCGACGAGCGGUUCCCGCCCCUAUCGAUAUAUUAUGGCGGGAGGGACUAUCUGGUUCUUACCGAGCCGCUGUUGGAGAGGCUGGAGAAGAAGGAAAGGGGGGUGGAGGUUGUGAAGGUGACCAAGCUGGACUUGAGCGAGCACUGCGACUUCUACUGGGCAGCAGAGGCGGUAGAGUGGGCGUACGAGUCGUUCGUCGACGAUAUUGAGCGGACGCGGCCGAGGGAGCUCAAUAAAGGAUGA